CCCAAAGACAGCGACAACAACGCUGGCGAGACAACAUGCUCUGGAAAUUGGAAAAGUCAGAUAGCGGAUACAUCGGUGAACAGCGUCGUCGGCAAGUUGGGACAGCUGAGGCAGAUUCCAUCACCGCAUAGGAUAGCCCACGCACCAGUCACCGGAGCAACAGCAGCAGCAUCAGUCUCAUUCAUAGUCCUUUGGCGAGUCCUUGUUGGUCCUGUAGAAAACCGAAGCUACGGCAAACGCGGACGCGGCGACACUCGACGGCAUACUGGGGAACUGCAUCGACAUCGACUCGGUGGCCGUGGUGCAGCACAAGCUGGUGCACCGAAUUGUAGGUGGCAAGAUGUCGCCGCCCGUGCUGUACUACCUGCCGCCCAGUCCGCCCUGUCGCAGCAUCCUGCUGCUGGCCAAGAUGCUGGACAUCGACUUUGAGCUGAAGAUCGUCAACAUCCUGGAGGGGGAGCAGCUGAAGCCGGACUUUGUGGCAAUGAAUCCGCAGCACUGUGUGCCGACCAUGAACGACGAGGGUCUGGUUUUGUGGGAAAGUCGUGCCAUACUCUCCUAUCUGGUGGCUGCCUACGGCAAGAGUGACCAACUGUAUCCCACGGACAUAAGGGUGAGGGCUUUGGUGGACCAACGCCUCCAGUUCGAUCUGGGCACCCUCUACAUGCGACUCACGGACUACUAUUUCCCCACAAUGUUUAUUGGUGCGCCCCUGGACGAAGGAAAGCGCGCCAAGUUGGCAGAGGCUGUGGGCUGGCUAAACACAAUCCUGGAGGGCAGACAGUUCUCCGCCGCCGAUCACUUCACCAUCGCGGAUCUCACGCUUUUGGUGACCGUUUCCCAGCUGGAGGCCUUCGAGUUUGAACUUCGACCGUAUAAACAUAUCCGCCAAUGGCUCGAUCGCUGCAAGGAUCACAUGGCACCGUUUGACUACGAGGAACUCAAUGCCAACAAGGCCAAUAUGCUGGCCGAUAUGUUCAAGGCCAAGAUGAAUCAAUCGGCGGGCUAA